UCGCAUUUUCUCGAUUAAUCAGGCGACCAAGUGACCCAGUUCCAAUCAGCGCUCUUUCACUGGUAUUUAACCAAUUUUGCAACGAACCUCACUCGUUGCGCAACCCAGUUUGGCGUCGCACCUCCACUUUGACUGUGAUAUUCCUUUGGACCUGCUUUGACUCGUGGCACCAUGGAGGGCUCGUGGAGGGCGAAGAUCGCAAAACUUUUCUUAAUUCCGCAACGCUAUGUCUUGGGGAUCAUGGGUUUCCUGGCUAUCGUGAACGCCUACACCAUGCGGGUGUCCCUUUCAGUGGCCAUAACCGAGAUGGUGGCACCCAGCAAUUCAACCGAAAGCAUAGACCCUAACGCUUGCCCUGUACAGGAUGAUAGUAACUCAACGUCAACCGUCACCGACCCGGAUCGUUUGUACGACUGGGACGAAACCACCCAGGGUCUUAUUCUGAGUAGUUUCUACUGGGGGUACGCAAUCACCCAUCUCCCUGGAGGUAUCCUAGCUGAAAAGUUCGGCGGAAAAUACACUCUAGGUCUCGGUAUACUUUCGACUGCAGUGUUCACACUGAUAACUCCAUGGGUAAUCCACGCCAGUGACGGAAACUGGGUUAUCUUAGUAGUACUGCGAGUGAUCGAGGGUUUGGGAGAGGGUACCACGUAUCCCGCUUUAAACGCACUCCUAGCUAAAUGGGUACCGCUUGACGAGCGCGCCAAAAUGGGUACCUUAGUCUACGCCGGUGGUCAAAUCGGUACUAUCGUCAGUAACUUAAUCAGCGGCUCGCUUAUUCACGCCACUCAAGACUGGGCUUCCGUUUUCUACUUAUUCGGAGGUCUCGGGCUACUCUGGGUUAUCAUCUGGUUCCUCAUUUGUUACUCUGAUCCCCAAUCCCACCCCUUCAUUAAAGAAGAGGAACUCAAGUACCUCCAAACCGAGUUAACUCGAGUGACCAACGACAAAAAAACUAUUCCGUGGAAGGUGAUCUUGACUUCAGUACCAGUGUGGGCUUUAGUCGCCGCACAAGUCGGUCACGACUGGGGUUUCUACACCAUGGUGACCGACCUCCCCAAAUACAUGAAAGACGUCCUCAAAUUCAAAGUGAACGAAAACGGGAUUUGGUCCUCGCUCCCGUACGCCGUGAUGUGGAUAGUGUCCAUGCUGAGCGGCUGGUUGUGCGACUGGCUAAUCAAGAAAAAGUACUGCAGUCUGACUUUCGCCCGAAAAUUUUUCACGGCAGUUGCUUCGCUAGGUCCGGCUGUUUUCAUCAUCAUCGCGUCGUUCGUGGGCUGCGAUCGCAUGCUGGCCGUGUACAUGUUCACGAUCGCUAUGGGCUUCAUGGGUACUUUCUACUGCGGCAUGAAAGUCAACGCUCUGGAUUUGUCGCCGAACUUCGCCGGUACUCUCAUGGCUAUCACGAACGGGAUAGGAGCCAUUGCGGGGAUCAUCACGCCCUACCUCACUGGAGCCUUAACGGGAGAGCACACUUUGGAGCAAUGGAGGUCCGUGUUGUGGAUAUCGUUCAGCAUUUUUGUGGUGACGAGUAUUAUUUAUACGAUUUGGGGGACUGGAGAAGAACAGUGGUGGAACGACCCGGAAGGUAGGAAGCAACAGAAAGCGGAGAACGGCGAAACCAAUAAAGAGGAAAAGUGAGAGAAGGGGGGGUGGAUUUUCUCAGUUACCGUUCGUCAGUAUUGUGAGAGUGAUGAGAUUUUGUGGCGUUUUAGUCCCAUUGUAAAGUUAAGUAUAGAGACCUGUUGUAUGUACUAUAAUAUGAAUAAAUAAAAAUUACAAAAAUGUAAAAACAUAACCUAACAAGAAA